AUACAAUACAAGCAACAUCAUCUGGUUGCUCAAGUCGCGUUCACGAGAUUCCGAUUUCCUACAAUUCUGUUUCCCCAAGCAACAAUAAAUCAAUCGCUGGUGAGCACAGCCGAAUCAAACCCAGCAGAGGAGAGAGUCCUCUUCGAUCUGUAGCUGAAUUGAGAGACGAUUCGCUUGCAGAUACGUAUAUAUUUAUAGUGUAAAAAUAUAAGAGCUAAACUCCGAGAAGGAAAUGGUGGUAGAAGAGCCGGGCGUGUGUGGAAGUCGAUGGGUGAUGUGGGCACUGCCAUUGCUGGUGUUGUCUGUUCUCUUAGAGAAAGGCGAGGCCAUAUGGCUGAAUCUUCCGGCGAGCGGCACCAAAUGUGUCUCGGAGGAAAUCCACAAUAACGUCGUCGUUUUGGCCGACUACGUCGUCAUUUCCGACGAUCAUGUCCACCCUACUCCCACCAUCUCCGUCAAGGUAACGUCACCAUAUGGAAACAACCUUCAUCAUCAUGAGAAUGUGACACAUGGUCAGUUUGCUUUCACGACCACAGAAGCUGGUAACUAUCUGGCUUGUUUCUGGGUUGAUGGCCAUAGUCCUAGUGGUGGGGGUUUAAGUGUUAACCUUGAUUGGAAAACUGGAAUUGCUGCAAAGGACUGGGAAUCAGUUGCAAGAAAGGAGAAGAUAGAGGGUAUAGAACUCGAAUUGAGAAAACUUGAAGGCGCAGUAGAGGCCAUCCAUGAAAAUUUACUAUAUUUAAAGAGCAGAGAAGCAGAGAUGCGGACAGUGAGCGAGACAACAAAUUCUCGGGUUGCUUGGUUCAGUCUCAUGUCUUUGGGUGUAUGCAUUGGGGUUUCAUUACUUCAAAUAAUGCAUUUGAAGCAAUUUUUCCAAAAGAAAAAGUUGAUUUAGAAUUUCUUCUUCUGUAUUCGGCAAUUCCUCGGAGGGUUGUAGAUUUUUUAUCUACAACAGAAGCACGAAAAAGUUUAAAAUUCACUGUUUCAUUUUGCAUUUGAUUAAAUGCUUAAUGCAUAGUAAAUGGUGAGUGCAUGAAUUUUCUCAUUUUCCGGACCUGUGCUUAGAUUUCACACAUGAAACAAAUUUGGCAGCUUCAUUGAGUCUGCUUGGCAUAUGUAAAUUUGGCUGAGUUCUAAUAUUGGGAUUGAAAUGGAUCAAUAGACGGGUUCUGCUUAAAAUGUA